AUGCCCCCCGAAAGAUAACUUUUAGAUGAAGAAACGGUGGUGGUGCUGUGGAACCAUAAAGGAAGCCCCUGUCCCCUUCAGCAAAGAGCUAGAGGUGGACACCUGGAAGGGCCUUAUGACCCAAACAAAGGACAGGUAAAAGUCUGACAACUUGAUUUAGUAGUGAAGUAGUUCACCUAGAAAUGCAGGUGCACAGGAGGGUAGUGGCAGGAGGUCACCAGGGGUCUGUGUGACAGGUUAAGGAAUCUGGGCUAGAUCCAGAGGACAGGAGAAACCACUGAAGGUGUUUAAACAGGACAUUGAGAAGAUCCAUGAGGAAGGCAUAAGGUAAGGAGACCAGAGAUGUAGGCAUAGGCCAAUUGAGGCCCAAAAUCAGGUGGCUGGACACUGUCAUCACUGCUGUUCAGGGCUGUCCGCCAUGGGCAGCAUCCUUUGGUAUUGGCCUACCUGUGAAUUCCUUUGAUUUUGUACCUUCCUUGAAAAGACCACAUUCUGCAUGCAGUUCUGAAGAAUGGGCUGGGUUUUUACACAUUCCUGCUCACCCUGCCAACCUAGGUGCAAAAGUUGGGGCUCCUGUACCAGCACCCUAUUCUCUCUGGAGCCUGGGUUGGCCUGGCACAAAGGAUGGUAUGUGAAUGCCCAACAAACAGCAGAGACAAGUAAAGGGCCCUUCCCUCCAGGCCUCCACAAGCAGAUGUGUUCACACUGGCUGUGACUGUCCCCUCGGAGCCUCUGCCCCUUCUGAUCAGAGUCCAAACAGGUUGAUAGUUUUCUGGGCUGGCCACAGUCAAAGAUGUUUGGAAGGAGUCCAGGGAGGGCGCCCCAACUCUUGAAGCUCCCAUGCCACGCAUCUCUGAGGAUAGCUUCACCCUAGGGGGUGCUCCUGCACCUGCCACCACUUUCCUGGAGGAGCCCUGGUGCCCCUCUAGCAGCUGGAGGAGAGCAGCUUACCCCUUGUUCUCUCUGCCUUUGCAGACCCCUCCCUCCAGCCUCUGGUUAUUGAAAAAGUCCUGAAUUAAUGUCUCCCCUUCUGAAACAGUCUUGGUGUUGGAAGCACCUGGGAAAGGUCCCUGCGUGGGUGCCUGUGGAAACAGAACCCAUCCCUCCCUAACUUACCCGGAGGCCCAGGUCCCAGGAAGCUGCUCCUGCCCAUGGGAGGGGAAAGGGGACCGGGGUGCUGUGAACAUUGCCCUGGGGCAGUUAUUUGGGACCGCAGGGCAACCGGGCCAAGGAUAAGCCUGUCUCCUGUUGCAUUAGAUUGUUCUCUGGGGACCUGAGCUGGGAGCCUCUGCCAGGUCUUUAAAUAGCUGCCCCAUUGAUCUGGCCUCCCAGGCAGCACGGGCAGCGCUGGGUCAGCCUCCUGGGGGUUGGGGUCAAGUGCCAGGUAAUCACACCAAUUUCCCUCUGACCUGAUGCUCCCCACACGUGUCUCCUAGACCUGGGGGUGGGGAGGGAGGAGGCUUGGUCCCAUCACUUCAUCAGGCGCUGAAUAUAGCCCCCACUGCUUACCAGCGAGAAGUGUCUGGGUAUCGUGGGGUGAGUAGUAUUACCCUCAAAAGACUAUAGUUUACUUUUGGCAAAUGGGAUGAUGACAGUAUCUUCCUGCAGGAUUGUUAUGAGGAUUAAAUGUACGUAAAGUGCUUAACAGGGGACCCAGACUCAAUAGGUGGUUAUCUUCUCUUGCAGUUUCUUCCUGCUGCUGCUGCUUACAGGCUUAUGUAUAUAUAUCUUGUAUGCUUAUAUAUAUCUUACAUGCUUAUGUACAUUUUCUGCCCCCCAUCCCUAUCGCCCCACCCUGGCCUUCUGACAAAGCCACCACCAUUUUGUAAGGGACUAUAGCUUCUCCCCAAACUGAGGGGAAAGUGAGUUUUUUAGAUUGCCAGCACACAACCAACGUUAGUCACCUUAGCUCAGCUGGGGAGGUAAAGUCAAGUGAGAGGGACAGCCUAGUAACUGUUGUAGGCUCCUCCCAUCUUAUGCAUCCCAACCGCUAAAGAAGGUCACUUUCUCUUUAAAUGCAAAUUACCUCCUCCCAGCUCUACUUCCACCCGCUCGGCUCCCUAGGAGGAGAGCGCCGAUCGCGGAGGGAACGGCCCCGAAGCCUCGCUCCCGACGCCACACCUCCAGUGGGACCUGAGGCCCAGCCGGCAUCCAAUGGAGGACAAGAAGAAGAAAAGGAGUCCCAAGCCCUGCCUGACCCAGCCAGCCCAGGCCCCGGGAACACUACGAAGGGUCCCUGUGCCCACCAGCCACAGCGGCUCCUUGGCCCUGGGACUCCCUCAUCUGCCGUCCCCCAAGCAGCGGGCCAAGUUCAAGAGGGUAGGCAAGGAGAAAUGCCGCCCGGCGCUGGCCGGAAGCGGGGGCGGCUCUGCAGGCACACCCCUGCAGCACUCCUUUCUGACCGAGGUGACGGACGUCUAUGAGAUGGAGGGGGGACUGCUGAACCUGCUCAAUGAUUUCCACUCGGGCCGGCUGCAGGCCUUUGGGAAGGAAUGCUCCUUUGAGCAGUUGGAGCACGUGCGGGAGAUGCAGGAGAAGCUGGCCCGGCUGCACUUCAGCCUGGACGUGUGCGGGGAGGAGGAGGAGGAGGAGGAGGAGGAGGACGCGGUCACCGAGGGGCUGCCCGAGGAGCAGAAGAAGACGAUGGCUGACCGAAACCUGGACCAGCUGCUCAGCAAUCUGGAAGAUCUUAGUAAUUCUAUACAGAAGUUGCACCUGGCCGAGAACGCCGAGCCUGAGGAGCAGUCAGCUGUGUAGGUGUCGGACCCAGGCCCAGACUGCCCCUCUCAUUCCCUUCAAACUGUGACCUUUUAUGGACUCGAUCGGGUAUUCCGCGGCUCCCCAGGUGCUACGGGGGAGGGGGGCACUGGAUGGCAUUAAACCAGA